AGAUUGUUUACAGGUGAGGUCACCUACCUGUUCAAAAAUAUGGGGACUCGAUGGACGAUCGCCGUUUUAGCCUUCAUUAUGGCCCUGAUCAAACACACGGAGAGUAUCAUGUGUCAUCGUUGCUACAGUGCUAUGGGAGGUUGUGGAGAUGAGGUAGUUUGGCGGAUGUUUCCUUGGAGAGACUGUGGGCCGUCAAAUUUCUGUGUCAAGGUCGUUGAAGAGAUUCCAGGUGAACAACCUAAAUACAUCCGAGAGUGUGAACACAUACUGCUGCAAUCCACGCGCCAUCGCUUACAGAUGCCCAACCUUCGUCGCCAUGGUUACUGUACACCGGCUCGUAAGAAUGACCCCUCGAACCCUCUUCAGCUGACGAAUUCUAACAUAAAGUACUGUUUCUGUAACGAGUACAACGGCUGUAACACCGCACCGUCCCAAACAGUGAUCACGAUGCCGCUGAUGAUGUUCUCUGCAGUGCUGACUUUGGUGACAAAAUUAUUGUGAUUGGAAAACAAAAAAAACAAAGGAAAAAGUACUUUUAAAAUUAAGAACUUUGGUUGUAAAACCCCAAAAAAAAAAAAUGAAGAGUACUUUUAAAAAAAUAAAAUGUUGGAUUAUAAAAUUAAAAAGAAAAACAUUAAAAGUACUUUUUAAAACUAAGGAUUUUGAUUUUAAAGAAAUCCCAAAACAAAUGAAGUUCUUUUUGAAAAUUAUUUAUCUUAAACAAAGAAAUAAGAUGAAAAGUACUUUUAAAAAAAUUACGGACUUUGAUGAUUAUUUUUUAGCAAAAACCCAAAACAAAAUGUAAAGUACUUUUUAAAGUUAAGAAUUUUAAUGACAAAACCAAAAACAAAUUGAAAAGUACUUUUAAAAUUAAGAACUUUGGUUUAUAAAAAUCCCCCAAAAAUAAUGGAAAAUAAAUUUUUAGAAUUAAAAACUUUGAUCCAAGAGAACUUGAUUUGUAAUGCCUCAUUUCUGUUUGGUCAUCAUGAGGUAAUCAUUUAAGUAAGACUUCUCUUGGUGAUAAACGUUCUAUAAGAACUGGACAAGUAGUUUCCUGAUAUACUUUAAAGAAGUAAUGACUUGUUUAUUCCUUGUAAAGAACAUUCCAUUUGUUGACCCUCAAAUGCUUAACUAUGCUUUUAACGGGAUAACUGUAUGACAUUUUUAGUGUAUUUAUUGUUUUAAAAUUGUCAUCUUAAAAUUAUAUUCCCAUUAAAAAAUCUAUUUUAAAAAAGAGGCAUAUAAUAUUUGAUUAUAAUGGUACAGGUAACUAUAAAAAUACAUUCCUGAAGUUUUAAAGUUUUAUAUGGUAUAUUUUAAUGUUAUCAUCUACAGUUGCCUUAAAAUGACAGACCCUAGUUUUUAAACACUAACACAAAUGUUUCACUAUUAGAGCCAUUGGUUUUCACUAAAAUCAAACAUUACUUAUAUGUUAUUGUUUAGAUUAUCCAUUUCCAUACAGCUGAAGCGUACAGCUGGUCAUCCUCGUGUUUCUAAUACCACAAAAUGUAUUUUUCAUAUUUUUAAAAACGCAUGUGCAUUAUAGAGAUAAUAGACAUGGAGUCAAGUUGUAGGAUAUUUCACUGUUUUAACACCACAGACUUGUCUUACUCGGUUGUAAGUUUAUCUAAAUGUGAUACAGGUUUGUAGAUCUAUUAACUAAACCUAGUGUCCAUUUUUAUGGGUUGAAACUAGGGUCAGGGACUUUUAAGUAUCAUUAAUAAAGAAAUAGAUUGAAAAAAACCCAGUGGCAGAUCCAGAAAAUCCAUUCGGGAAGGGGUUGGGGGCUCCAAUGCCAUGUGGCCACAUACAUUCCUGAAGGGUUAUAUAUAUAUAUAUAACUCACAAAAUGUGGGGAGGGCCGUGUCCCUGGGCCCCCCCUUAGAUCUGCCACUGAAAACCAACCUAAAACCCCAGUUAUUAUAGUUAUUUGAUACACACUUGAUGUUUUAAAAAAUACUAAAAUUUAGAAUGAAUUUAUUUUUGGUAUACGUUCUUUUUAUUUUUCUUUGUACAAAGAGCGAAAUGUUUUAAGUCUUUGGUGAAUACAGUUUUUGUAAAUAGCACAGUUAGUAAACCUAUUAGUUUAAUUAAUUUGUUUUAAUAUUUGUAUGUAAAUCCCUUUUUAAAAGUAAUUUUGUAUGUGAUUUGAACCUGAGUAUGCUUUACCAUAGUUUGCAAUUGACAUAAUUUAAAGUUAUAAUUAGAUACACUGAGUUGAACACUUUUAAGCAGUCUGUUAUUUUUUCUUCCUUUUUUAACACAAUUCUUACUUUAAAAAUAUUUGUUGUAUAUUGAAUUUGUUUUUAUCAAGAUAUUUUUAUAAAUACAAGUGUACAUCAUAUUUUACAUUGUAUAUAUAUUAUUAUUAUGCUGAAUACAUACUAUAUUAGUGUUAAUAAUAAUUGUAGCUUGUAAUUCCUAUAAGGAUAAAUGAUGUAUAAAAAAUCAUUAAAAGUGUUUACAUUACAUGUAUCCAUUUACAUAAAAUCAGUUAUGACAGAUUGAGUAAUUUCAUCAUUUGUUAACACGCUUUACCAUUUAAAUCAAUCUUCACUAACACAUAUUCAUUAAUUCUUGUUCAUCAUAUAUGCAGUCAUUUUAUAUACUAGUACAGUGUAGUAGUCUUGUACAUUUUCUAGAUUUAAUAAACAUUUUUUUAAUUA